ACUCAGUAGUUAAUCUUGCACCGAAGCGCACGCACUUCGAGCUCACAGCUCUAAGCUCAAACUCGGCUAGUUCAGCGCCAGCAAAUGCAAAUUUUGGUUCGGAAUCGCGCGCUCCACAAGUUUCCCAAGCAUUGUGCCACCAAAGUGUGUACUUGUGAAUCUUCAUUUUUUUUAGUGGCGUCAAUUAACUAAUCAAACACUAAUCCACUCAGUUUUGGAAGUUAGCUACGAAAAUCCAGUUAUGCAAUGCGAUAGUGAACGUCGAAUUACCCGACUUUGAUUGUUGUGCAGUGUCGUCUAGUCAUUCAUAACGGAUGUCUUGAGUUUUAUUUCGAACAUUCGCAUCGAGCAUCGAAUCUUCUGGCAAUAGGAUAUAUAUAUAACCACCACAGAAGAAGACAGCACAUGAAUGCACAAAUCUUUUUGCAAACAAGUGCUUCGGCAAGUACUUUGAUUUUGAAUUGAUCAGCAAUGGAUGCAGAUGUACACAAAGUCUUCAGCGCAAGUUGAGUCCUAGUUAGACUUGUACACUCAUAGAUAGUCAUUCUAGUCAAUACAACAAAGAGCAUUAAGUAAACUGCAGAAAACGAUCAUAACAAAUCAUACGAAUGCAAACCUUCAAACUUCUCAGUGUGUGUAACAUGCGCAGAAAUUUGAAGAUAUUUCUGAUACUAGCAAUAUCAUGGAUCAUCAUUGCAGUAUAUUACUUCGAAGGAAGUUACAAAAAUCGAAACCGAGCGCUGAGGCUGCGUGAUCAACAAAUACUCGCUGUAACACCACAGCUCUACUCAAGCGAUUGGCAGCAACAACAGCAGCAUUUUAGUCCAUCUACAUCUCCCAAGCAAAAUGCAGUACACAAUCCACUACUCCAUUUGCCUUCAUCACGGCGCACGUGGGAUUACUUUGACGAAAUGGAGUACAUACAGAAAGGAAGUCUACAGCAAGGCGAAGAUCCAUACCUGCGCAACCGUUUCAAUCAGCAAGCAAGUGAUAGUUUGAAAAGCAAUCGUGAACUUCCCGAUACUCGUAACCCAAUGUGCCGAAGAAAAUGGCCUAGUUAUAGUCUACCACCCACGAGUGUGAUUAUAACUUUUCACAAUGAAGCACGCAGUACAUUGCUACGAACAAUAGUCAGUGUGCUGAAUCGAUCUCCUGAGCAUUUGAUACAUGAAAUAAUUCUCGUAGAUGACUUCUCAGAUUUUCCAGAGGAUGGUCAGGAGCUUGCCAAGAUUCACAAGGUAAAAGUAAUCCGCAAUGAAAAACGGGAAGGUUUAGUUAGAUCGCGGGUAAAAGGAGCAGAUGUUGCAACAGCAAAGUUGCUUACUUUUCUUGAUAGUCACUGUGAAUGCAACGUUGAUUGGCUUGAACCUUUACUUGUCCGGGUACAGGAAGACCCCACAAGAGUUGUAUGCCCUGUAAUCGACGUCAUUAGUAUGGACACGUUCCAGUAUAUUGGUGCUUCAGCUGAUUUGAGAGGGGGAUUUGACUGGAAUCUGGUUUUCAAAUGGGAGUAUUUAAGCAAUGCAGAACGACACGAACGUCAGAAAGAUCCAACGACUCCAAUCAGAACGCCAAUGAUUGCAGGAGGUUUAUUUGUUAUAGACAAGGCGUAUUUCGUAAAGUUAGGAAAGUAUGACACCCAGAUGGACAUUUGGGGAGGAGAAAAUCUUGAAAUUAGUUUUCGGGUAUGGCAGUGCGGCGGCAGCUUAGAGAUAAUUCCAUGCAGUAGGGUUGGUCACGUUUUCCGCAAAAGACAUCCGUACACGUUCCCAGGAGGUGGAAGUGGCAACAUUUUCGCUAAAAAUACCAGACGAGCUGCUGAGGUGUGGAUGGAUGAUUACAAACAGUACUACUAUGCUGCGGUUCCUUUAGCAAAGAAUAUUCCAUUUGGAAACAUCGACGAACGCUUACAACUCAAAGAACAACUUGAGUGUAAAAAUUUCAAAUGGUAUUUAGAUAAUGUUUACCCACAGUUAACUAUACCCGAGCAGCAAACCAAAGGUAGCUUACGACAAGGACCUUACUGUAUAGAUACACUGGGUCAUUUAGUUGAUGGAAUUGUUGGCCUCUACCACUGCCAUAAUAGCGGAGGUAAUCAGGAUUGGGCCAUCACGAAAUCAGGACAAAUCAAACAUUUGGAUCUUUGUCUAACUUUGUUGAAUUUUUCCGUGCGAUCACGCUUCAAUAUAGUAGCUUUAAAAUACUGCGACGAAUCAGCAAACCAACAAUGGCACAAGAGAGAAGGUGGACUGAUACAGCACAGUAAGAUAAACAUUUGUUUGGACUCACGUUAUGUAAAAGAGAAAGGCAUUACUGCUGAACGAUGCAACUCAGCUCUUGAAUCUCAACAUUGGACAUUUUUUGCAAAAUGAAAACAGCUAGCACAACCACGAGCUACAUAAUGGUACAACUAUAUUUCCUUGGAUGUGUUUUUCAUUACUGUUCAGCUACAGAAUGUUGAGAAGUACAGAAAUAUUAAUGACUAAAUAAAACACUUAACGAUGAAGUAUAGCAAAGAAAGAAGAAAAAGUAACGCUUUGAAGCGUCUGAUAGCCUUGUGAUUGUACAUUCCAAGUAAUUAUUAGUUUUUACCAUCCGCAAAAUAAAACAUCUAGAAAAAUA